AUGGCACCUAAUCAGUUUGCAACAGAUAUUAAGUUUGACUUGAACGAUGGUAACAAGAUUCCUGCGCUCGGCUUAGGAACACUUCCCCCUCAAGAUCCAAGUGAGGUAAAAAAUCAGGUAAUUACAGCAGUGAAGGCUGGCUAUCGUCUUAUUGACACGGCCUGGUAUUAUGGGACGGAAAAGUAUAUUGGCGAAGCUUUGAAAGAACUCUUUGAAGAGGGUGUUGUCAAGCGUGAAGACUUGUUCAUUACUACGAAAGUCUGGCCCUCGUUCUAUCACAAUCCUAUGAAAUCGUUAGACGAAUCUCUUGCUGCAUUAGGAAUUGACUACGUUGAUUUGUUUUUACAACACUGGCCCGUGUGCUUACAUGGAGACGAUAAUGGACAACCACCAGCACCUAAGAAUGAGAAAGGUGAACUAUUAUAUGACGACGAUCCUGUGACUGGAACUAAAUUUAUUGACGCCUACCACUCAAUUGAAGAUAUUAAGCUUAAUACAAAUAAAGUUAAAUCAGUUGGUGUUUCUAAUUAUUCAUUGGUGAAACUCAAGAAGCUUUUACCAAAAGUGAAAAAAUUCGUACCAGUGGUAAAUCAGAUUGAAUACCACUGUCAGCUACCGCAGAAAGAUUUAACUGAUUUUUGUGAUGAGCACAAUAUUGUAGUGGAAGCAUACAGUCCAGUUGGUGGGACAGGUGCUCCGGUAUUGAAAUUAGGCUACAUCAAAGAACUAGCUGACAAAUAUGGCGUAUCUACAAAUGAGAUAGCUAAUGCUUAUCAUAUUUUGCAGGGAAGAGUAACUUUGCCAAGAUCUUCCAAUCUUGAAAGGAUCAAGACGAAUAUCAGGUUGCCACAUCUUACGAAAGAGGAAUUAAGAGCUUUAUAUGCCAUAGGAGCUGAUAAGCCGGUCAGAUACACCAAUGAUCCCUGGGGCUUUGGACUUGGUUUCAAGUGGUGGAAAGGAGAUACUUUGAGCACAGAGUAUGAUGCUCCGUAUCUUGAAAAAUGA